AUGCAAGAAGGAUCUACAGAAGAGCUCCACAGCAGCCAACCAUGUGAGAGCAAACUGAAGGAGCGUGCUGGACCACUGGUUAACAGAAGCAGAAAGACAGUGGUGACAGGAGGUGGAGGCUACCUGGGAUACAACCUGGGAUGUGCUCUUGUUAGGUCAGGAAUUGCUGUUGUUCUAUUUGAUGUACGGAAACCUAAAUGGGAAAUUCCAAACGGAGCAGAUUUUUUCAAGGGUGAUGUGAGGGAUUAUGAUGCGGUGUUCAAAGCAUGUGAAGGGGCUGACUGUGUUUUUCACAUGGCUGCAUGUGGAAUGUCAGGAUUAGAACAACUUCAAAAGAAAGACCAAAUUGAAUCCAUAAAUGUUGGAGGCACACAAAUAAUAAUUGAUGUCUGCAAACAGAGAAAUAUCCCUAGACUGAUAUACACCAGCACAGUGAAUGUGGUAUUUGGAGGGAAUCCCAUUGAAGAAGGAGAUGAAGAAACCGUGCCGUAUUUUCCACUGGAAAAGCAAUUUAAUCAUUAUUCUAGAACAAAGGCAAUUGCAGACCAAAUGGUUCUUGCUGCUAAUGGAACUUUACUCAAAGGAGGUGAUGAGCUCCACACUUGUGUGCUUCGUCCCCCAGGCAUAUAUGGACCAGAAGAGCAGCGCCACCUGCCACGAGUAGCCGUAAAUAUCCAGCGGAGACUAUUUAACUUCAACUUUGGGAAUCACAAGGUUCAGAUGAACUGGGUUCACAUCAGAAAUCUAGUACAAGCUCAUUUACUAGCUGCUGAGGCUCUCACCUCUGAGAAGGGUUACGUAGCUAGUGGUCAGGCGUAUUACAUACACGAUGGUGAAAACGUCAUUUUUUCUGAAUGGAUAGUCCCUUUAUUUGAAAAAUUAGGCUACAGGAAGCCCUGGAUACAUAUUCCUGUUCUCCUGGUUCAUAUAGCAGCCACUGUGAUGGAAUAUCUGCACCUGAUACUAAAGCCAGUUUUUAGCUUUACCCCUUUCUUGACAAGGAAUGAGGUGUGGAAUGUUACUGUAACUCACACUUUCCGAAUAGACAAGGCACGAAAUCAGCUUGGUUACAAACCAAAGAAAUUCUCAUUUGCCGAUUCUGUGGAUCAUUAUCUUAAAACAAGACCUCCUUGCCAAGAAGAUCACACGUUCCUUAAAACGGUGUUUGCUUUUGGCAUUUUGUUAUGUUUGAUCAUUCUUUCUUUCUUCUAA